AUGCGUUCCCAACUUUUAAGUGUUGGCGUUGCAGUCCUUGGGGCUUUGCUACCUCGAGCCGCCGCUGAAUAUGAGUGCAACAGGACAUAUAUUCAGUCCUUCGCAGAUAGCUACGUAGAAGCGCACGAGAAUGGGCAGCUUAACCGCCUAGAAAACAUUGCCGACAAUUUCACGUACGUGGAGAACAAUAAGACCAGGGAGAUCACGAGCGGUAUCUUCAACAACGCGCUCAAGAUCGCGCACCGCCACACUAUCGUCGAUACCAUCGCGUGCGCCUCCUUCACCGAGCUCAUCAUCACGCACAACGUCUCUGGCGAGCCAGCACCCUACGUCAUCGGCGCCCAGAUCCGCCACAGCCCGGGCGAUCUGAGCUGCUACCUCAUGGACCUGAUCGUGUCCACGACCGGGUCGUGGCUCUUCAACUCGACAAAGACGCUCGAGUACGCGUCCAAGGAGAACUGGACGCUCAUCGAAGAAGGCAAACGCCCCUCGCGCGAAACCCUCAAGAACGCCGCCGACGCCUACUUGGACAUGUGGAGCAACAGCACCGCGGAGGCCGCUGUGCCUUGGGGCCAGCCGUGCGACCGUCUCGAAGGCAGCGUGUACACGGGCAGGGGGCUUCCUACGGAUUCGUGCAAAGUGGGGAUCCCUACGAACCAUAACCAGGCGCCUAAUUCGCACCGCCGCUACGUUAUCGAUCCAACCUACGGCUCCAUCAGUGUCUUCUGCAUCUUCGAACAUCUGAGCAACGCGCCUGACAGCCACGAAUUCCGUCUCGAGAACGGUAAACUUCGGUUUAUCCACACCAUCACGCUGGCUAACAGUGGUGGCUUUGGGUUCAGGGAGUCUAAGCCAAACCCGAUCGUACGUCACAGGAAACGGGGAGGGACACGUCGAGCGACAGCGUUAGGCUCUCCGAAACGUACCUAGGGUUAACAGACAGAUAUUACCUUGGGAAUGGGG